AUUCUUCAGGUGGUAGUGGGUGUGGUAAUAGAAGAGAGAGUUUGUUUGGUAAUAACAAAUCUUUAGACAAGGACUUCUUUUCAAACGUUUUGCCACUUUCUUUCUUUUUUUGUUACCGGUUAACGCUUGAAAUUUUUUGUAUUUUGUAACACUCCGGCGAGAAAAAUAAAUGUUUUACCGGUAGCUUUUGUUUCUCCGGACACUUCUUGUUUAGUCAAACUCUUGUAGAUUUGAAUCGUUGUGUAAUUUUUCCUUUGAGAAAAUCUCAAGUUCAGGAUCAGAAUGAAGAUGACAGUUGAAUAUAUUAUAAUUUCAAGAUCCAGAGAUGUCUUACAAGACCUCAAGACAGUAAGUCUUUAAGCUCCCCCCAACUGAAGAAUGUGACAUUGGUUCUUAACAGUCUCAAAGUUAUGCCCAUGCUCCUGUUUUGCUUGUUAUCUUGCUGCUUCAAAAUGGUGAUCAUCUUCUCUUUAGUAGGAUUUAAAAAAGACUAGGAGGAUGAUGUUACCUUGGUUUAAUGUCACUUCGGUUAGGUACUUUCGAUUUGAACCCAAGAUGUUAUCUCGGUUUAUAUCUCGGUUCUCCCUUCGUUGAAAGGGUAAAAUAGUCAAAGCACCUAACUAUACACAAUAAUCUUCAACGCAAUUAUUAUCUUCUUUCUUCCUCACAAGGGCCACAGAAAACUCUGCAACUCAUAAAGUCAUAAGUCAACCUUUCUGUGUGUAUUCAUAUAUUUGGCGGGAAAAUAACUAUCAACCCGUUCUUCCUGAUCGAUAUAUAAAGUGAAACAGAGGUAGUGGGUGUGAGAAAAGUUUUAACGGAGAACGCACUCAAGGUGUUCGACGAAAUUCCGUAUAAAGACUAUAUAAGAUGCCGCCACCAGAACCGAUUCGAUUCUUGAGAAACAGCGUGAUCGUAGCUCUUGGCGGGUUUGUGACCAUAAACGUGGUGUCCGCGGCAGCCUUGAGCGCAUUUCGACUAGCUACAGAAGAAAAACGGAAGAAGAGCGGGUUGGCUUGUGAAGCGUGUCGUGGGAAAGGGUUUUACAUAUGCAAAGUAUGCAAAGGAGACGCAACUAUAAAAUGGUCGCCGUUGUAUGAUCCUGUUUGUAUCAAUCCAUGUCUUUGCCCUACUUGCGAUGGUCACAGGGUACAAAGAUGUCUCAACUGCUUAGGAAAAGGAUACUGGUGACUCUUUUGAAUCACUUAGGAAGCAUGGGACCAUUUCAACACUCUCGGACCGGUUUAGAGGAAGACAAAAUCUUUAGUCUUUUAGUUCAAUACGCAAGGGCUGUGCAUUAUCAUUAGAAGUGUACAGUUAAGGUUCUGAUUCAAAAGAUGUUCCAGAGUUUUUAAUAGUCACAGCCUCCGCAGGUACAGAUCUGUAACUAGUUCUUUGAUGAUAUUAUGGGUUAGUUUUUUUACAAAACGAUAAUGAAUACAGAUUUGUAAAAAACAUGUUCCGCAAAUUUUGGAUCUUUGAUGUUGAGAGAA